AUGUCGUGCUGUCCUUUAAACGAUUGUUAUCUUGCUGUAGCAGUCUUGUCAGCUGCGCAGUGCCCAUUACUCAAGACCGUCGGUUCCCCUUCACUUGAUGGACUUGCCAGCGGUGUUUGCGCCCAACUUGGAGGUUCUGUUGCUGUGGCAAAUGCUUGCAACUGUCUUACUGCUGCCAAUGCUCCAGGUGCUUGCGGCUCUGGAUGUACAGAUUCACGCGGAAUUGGUCCAGGAUAUGCACUCUACACACCACUAUCUAGUAUUCUUGGAAGCGUAGCGAAGCUUGCAGGGGAAUCAGUAUGUCCAGGAACUACUGGAUAUUAUUGUCCCACUGGUCAAACUUGUAAGACAAGAACCGGAUCUGCACCUUAUUGUUGCAAUGAUAGUACGGAUUGCUACAAUUCACUCGGACAAUGCGCAGAUACUUCAUGGCAACAAUACAGGGUCACAAUCGGUGCUAGUACUAGCAAUUUUUGCUGCGGAAACGGAACAAUCGGUGUAUACCAAAGCACAGGUCAAAACAGUGUUGGUAUUUGUGCAACUGCUCGUUCUGCAUUUUAUACCGCUGUCCAGUUCAACUCUGGUCCCAGACCCUCCGAUAACUUUUACCAGAUCCAGAUCAACUUCUACUUCAACCGCAAUAUCGACAUCUCCUAG